AUGGCCGCCCCCGAAAAGCCCAUCGUCUUCACCGAACACCUCCAGCUCACCGCCCUCGGCGUACAGCCCCCCUCCAUCUCCUUCCAGACCCUCACCCUCGAGUCCGACGCUUGGAUAUGUGUCAGAGAACAGCAGGGGGAGAGCCCGCAGGUGGUGAUUGUCAACCUGAAUGAUGUCGGAGAUGUCGUCCGUAGACCAAUCACUGCCGACUCGGCAAUCAUGAACCCCUCCCCUUCCGAAAAGAUCCUCGCCCUCAAAGCAGGCCGCCAGCUGCAAGUAUUCAACCUUGGUGCCAAGGCCAAGCUCGGCACGCAUCUGAUGAAUGAGGAUGUGACGUUCUGGAGGUGGAUCAACGCCACAACGCUCGGUAUCGUGACGGAUAGGGAGGUGUGGCAUUGGAAGGUUAUCGAUGGCGAGGCGGCUCCCAAGAAGGUAUUCGACCGCCACGCCAACCUCAACGCCAACCAAAUAAUCAACUACAAAAUCUCCACCGACUCCAAAUGGCUGGUCCUCGUCGGCAUCUCCUCCAACCCCAACGCCGGCCAACCUGGCGAGAACGGUUUCAAGAUCAAGGGGGCUAUGCAGCUCUUCUCCUUGGAGCGGGGCGUGUCUCAGCCUAUCGAGGGUCACGCCGCGACAUUCGCCGAGAUCAAGCUCGAGGGCGCGGCGAACCCUACCAAGCUGUUUGCUUUCGCCGUCCGAAGUGCGGCGGGCGCCAAGCUCCACAUCGUCGAGAUCGGACAUCAGGCUCCCAACCCUCCCUUCCAAAAGAAGGCCGUCGACGUCUUCUUCCCUCCUGAGGCUACCAACGAUUUCCCCGUCGGUCUUCAGGUUUCCCAGAAGCACGGUAUCAUCUACCUCACCACCAAGUUUGGAUUCAUCCACUUGUACGAGAUUGAGACCGGCCAGUGCAUCUACAUGAACCGAAUCUCGGGAGAAACCAUCUUUACCACCACAGAGUAUGAGACUUUGAACGGUGUGCUUGGUGUCAACAGGAAGGGUCAGGUGUUGAGUGUAAGCGUGGACGAGGACACCCUUGUGCCUUAUGUUCAGCAGGUCCUCAACAACCCCGAGCUCGCCAUCAAGCUCGCUACCCGUGCUGGUCUCCCCGGUGCCGACCACAUGAUCCAGCAGCAGUACCAGCUCUACAUCCAACAAGGCCAAUACGGCGAGGCCGCCAAGGUCGCCGCCAACUCUCCCCGCGGCCUCCUCCGUACUCCCCAGACCAUCGAGGCCCUCAAAGCCCUCCCUGCGGUGCCCGGUACCCUCACCCCCAUUCUCCAAUACUUUGGUAUCCUGCUCGAGAAGGGCGACUUGAACAAGCACGAGAGUUUGGAGUUGGCGCGACCGGUGAUCCAGCAGGGAAAGAAGCAGCUCUUGGAAAAAUGGUUGAAGGAGAACAAGCUCGAGUGUAGUGAGGAGCUCGGUGACCUCUGUCGUGCGGGAGACAUGAACCUCGCCCUGAGCGUCUACCUCCGCGCGAACGUCCCCAACAAGGUCGUCGCUUGCUUUGCCGAGCUCGGCCAAUUCGACAAGAUCGUCCUCUACUCCAAAAAAGUCGGGUACAAUCCCGACUACGCCCAAUUGCUCCAACACCUCGUCCGUAUCAACCCCGACAAGGGCGCCGAGUUUGCGACUCAGCUCGUCAAUGACGAGAACGGCUCGCUCGUCGACUUGGACCGCAUCAUCGACAUCUUCAUGUCCCAGAACAUGCUCCAGCAGGCUACCUCCAUCCUCCUCGAUGCGCUCAAGGACAACAAGCCUGAGCAGGGGCCUUUGCAGACGAGGUUGUUGGAGAUGAACUUGGUCAGCGCGCCGCAGGUGGCGGAUGCGAUCCUCGGGAAUGAGAUGUUUACCCACUAUGACCGUCCCAGAGUUGCCAACUUGGCUGAGAGGGCUGGUUUGAUGCAGAGGGCUUUGGAGCACUAUGAGGAUAUCGCGGAUAUCAAGAGGGUUGUCGUUCACACCAACCUCUUCAAGCCCGAGUGGCUCGUCGAAUACUUUGGCAAGCUUACGGUCGAGCAAUCCUUUGCUUGUAUGCAAGAGAUGCUUAGGAGCAACUUGAGGCAGAACUUGGCGAUCGUUGUCCAGAUCGCCACCAAGUACUCUGACUUGCUUGGUCCUGUCAAGUUGAUCGAGAUGUUUGAGCAGUUCAAGUCUUUCGACGUAGGUCUUUACUACUACCUCGGCUCCAUUGUCAACCUCUCCCAAGACAAGGAGGUCAACUUCAAGUACAUCCAGGCUGCUACCCGUACCGGCCAGAUCCGAGAGGUCGAGCGUAUCGCCCGCGAGUCCAACUACUACGACCCCGAAAAGGUCAAGAACUUCCUCAAAGAAGCUCGGCUCGACGACCAGCUCCCCCUCAUCAUCGUUUGCGACAGAUUCGACUUUGUCCACGACCUCGUUCUCUACCUCUACCAGAACGGUCUCACCAACUUUAUUGAGAUUUACGUCCAGCGUGUCAACGCUGCUCGUACGCCCCAGGUCAUUGGUGGGCUGUUGGACGUUGACUGUGAUGAGCAGGUGGUGAAGAACUUGCUGGGAAGCGUCACUGGCGAGUUCCCGAUUGACGAGUUGGUGGACGAGGUUGAGAAGCGUAACCGCCUCAAGCUCAUCCUCGGCUGGCUCAACAACAAGGUCGAGCAGGGUUCUCAGGACCACGCCGUCUACAACGCUAUCGCCAAGAUCUCUAUCGACUCGAACAACAACCCCGAAAAGUUCUUGAAGGACAACAACCUGUACGACCCCGCCAUCGUCGGCAAGUACUGCGAGAAGCGAGACCCGUACCUCGCGUACAUUGCGUACGCCAAGGGGCUCUGUGAUGAUGAGCUCAUCAACAUCACGAACGAGAACCAGAUGUACAAGCACCAGGCUCGAUACCUUGUCAAGCGCAGGGAUAUCGAUCUCUGGACUCAGGUCUUGAACCCCGAGUCCAUCCACCGCCGAGCGCUCAUCGACCAAGUCAUCGCUACUGCCAUCCCUGACUGUACCGACCCCGAUGACGUUUCGGUCACCGUCAAGGCCUUCAUGCACAUGGAGCUUCACGGUCCCCUCCUCGAGUUGCUCGAGAAGAUCAUCAUCGACCCCUCUCCCUUCAGCGACAACCGCUCGCUCCAGUCUCUCAUGUUCUUGACGGCUAUCAAGAACGACAAGGGCAAGGUUAUGGGUUACAUCAACAAGCUCGAGGGGUACGACGUCGACACUAUUGCCAAGGUCGCGACCGAGUCUGGUCUCUACGAAGAGGCGUUCACCAUCUACCAGAAGCACCAGAACCACGCCGAGGCUAUGAGCGUCCUCGUCGAGCACAUGGCUUCUAUCGACCGUGGUUUCGCGUAUGCCAACAAGAUCAACGAGCCUGCUGUCUGGUCUAGGCUUGGUAAAGCGCAGUUGGACGGUCUGAGAGUGAAGGAGGCUAUCGACUCAUAUGUCAAGGCGGACGACCCCUCCAACUUUGAGGAGGUCAUCGAGAUUUCCAACCGAGCUGGCAAGCACGACGACCUCGUCCGAUUCUUGCAGAUGGCUCGAGAGACUGCUCGCGAGCCCAAGAUCGACACUGAGCUUGCCUAUGCCUACGCCAAGACCUCUCGUCUCCACGACAUGGAAGAGUUCCUUGCCAUGACCAACGUCGCCGACAUUCUCCAGGUCGGUGAAAAGUGUUUCAACGACGAGCUCUACCAGGCUUCCAAGCUGCUCUUUGGUAGUAUCUCCAACUGGGCUAGGUUGGCGACUACUUUGAUCUAUUUGGGAGAGAAUCAGGCGGCUGUUGAUGCUGCUAGAAAGGCGGGCAAUACUCAGGUGUGGAAGCAGGUCAAUGCUGCUUGUGUGGACAAGAAGGAGUUUAGGCUGGCGCAGAUUUGUGGUUUGAACCUUGUUGUUCACGCCGAAGAACUCCCCGCUCUUCUGAGCUUGUACGAGAGGAACGGCUACUUUGAUGAGAUCAUCAGUCUGAUGGAGGCUGGUUUGGGUUUGGAGAGAGCUCACAUGGGCAUGUUCACCGAGCUCAGUGUCUUGUAUGCCAAGUACCGACCCGAGAAGCUCAUGGAGCACCUCAAGCUCUUCUGGCAGCGAGUCAACAUCCCCAAGGUAAUCAAGGCCACCAAAGAAGCGCACCUCUGGGCCGAACUCGUCUUCCUCUACAUUGUUUACGACGAGCCCGAUAAUGCCUCCCUCACCAUGAUGGAGCGCAUCUCCGACUGGGACCACGACCAGUUCAAAAAGGUCAUUGUCAAGGUCGCCAACAUGGAGAUUGCCUACGCGGCUAUUGAUCACUACAUCGCCGAACAGCCUACCCUCCUCCCCGACCUUCUGGCUGCCCUCACUCCCCGUCUCGACCACGCCAGGGCGAUUCGCACCGUCUCCAAACAGGACAACCUUCCUCUAGCCAAGCCCUACCUCAUCGCUACUCAAAAACUCAACCUUUCUGUUAUCAACGAGGCAUACAACGACUUGUUGAUCGAGGAGGAAGACCAUGUGACGUUGAGGAGCAGCUUGGAGACGCACGAUCAGUACGAUGCCAUCAAACUUGCCAAGAGGUUGGAGAAGCACGAGCUGUUGGAGUUCAGGAGGAUUGCUGCCUUGCUUUAUCGACUCAACGGUCUCUGGGACGACUCCUUGUCUCUCUCCAAGGCCGACAGAUUAUGGCGCGAUGCUUUGGAGACUGCCGCCGCUAGCAAGGACAUUGCCGUUGCCGAGGAUUUGGCUGGCUACUUUGUCUCUAUUGGAAACAAGGACGCUUUCGCUGCUCUCCUCUACGUGUGCUUCGAGUUUGUCAGGCCCGACUUUGUGGAAGAAAUGUCAUGGCGAUUCGGCCUCGGCGACUACGCCAUGCCCUACAAGCUUCAACAACAGCGUGACCAAUCUACCAAACUCGCCGCCCUCGAAAAGGAACUCAAGGAACUCAAGACCAAGUCUAUCGAGAAGGAAGCGAAGGAUGAGGAGCCAAGCUCUUUGAUGGGAAGCGGAUUGGGGGGAAGAUUAUUGAUUGGUGGCCCUACUGGCGGACCUCCUCAGCCGUAUAUGAAUGGUGGAUUGAUGGCUCAACCGACGGGUUUCUACUAG